AGAGCCACAGACAGGAGGAACCUGUUCAUGGAGAUAAUUACAAAGCACACAGCUACCUUUCAACGCAUUCUUGAGGUUAAUUAAUUCACAUGCUUGAUCUGUCAUCCUUGUGGGAUAGAUGACUUUCUACAAAGAAGCGCACAGGAUCCUUUGAGUGUCUUGGAUUGCCUCACCCUGCCCCACAGGGAUAAUCUGAGACGAAUCAAAUCAAGUGAGGCCAAGGGAUUGACUUUCCACAGACCGGAAAGGAGAAGACAACGUCAGCGCUGUGGAGAUUGAUGUCAGAAAGGUUGGAAACUGCAGCUGUGAACCAUUUGUGUUUGUAGAUGGUGGUUGCAAGCAUCUCGUCUCACUUACUACAGGCUCUGCUAUGACUGUGGAUGUGAGUCUGUGUGACUGUACAUAUGGCAUCCCAUGUAAAGACAACAGGUGGAGCUCUGAUGGAAUACAUCAGAGCCCCCAGGGCAAAGUACACGAUUGUAGGAGAAGCUAUACGUUAUGUCGUCCCUGGACAUAUGCAAUGUUCAAUCGGCUGUGGAGGUCCAGCUUGCAAAUAUGACAACCCAAAUUACUGGAGUGAUAACCAACAGGCCAUAACAGGCCUCUACUCAUCAUGGAUCACUGAUCAUCUUCUGGCAAUGUCCAGACCCUCAACAGAAAUCAUUAAGAAGUAUCACAUCAUCGAUCAAUUCAGAAGGGAUGGUAUUAAAACAGUGAUCAACCUACAGAUACCUGGUGAACACGCCAGCUGCGGAAACCCUCUAGAGCCAGAGAGCGGCUUCUCAUACCGCCCAGAGGUCUUCAUGGAAAACAACAUUUAUUUCUACAAUUUCGGCUGGAGUGACUAUGGAGUGGCUAACCUGACAACGAUGCUCGACAUAGUGAAGGUCAUGGCCUUCGCCCUGCAGGAGGGAAAGAUAGCAAUCCACUGUCACGCUGGCCUCGGCAGAACAGGUAUAUAUUUAAGGAAUGCCGUAGGAAGUGUUAAGGACUGUUAUUCCUCUGAAACACAACAAAGGAUUUCCUCUUUCUUUCCUGCAGGUGUGCUGAUAGCAUGUUUCUUGGCCUAUGCUACCAGGAUGACUGCUAACCAGGCUAUUCUGUUUGUUCGUGCUCAACGCCCCAACUCCAUCCAGACCCGAGGCCAGUUAGGAUGUGUCAGAGACUUUGUCCAGUUCCUUGCCCCUUUGAGGAGUGUGUUUUCCUGUGCUGAGCCCCGAUUCAACCCAGUCACCCUGUCCCAGUACCUGAACCGCCAGAGACACAUAUUGCAUGGCCAUGAGAGGAAGGAGCUGAGGCACCUGCCAAAGAUCAUCCGGCUAGUGUCUAGGCUGCUGUUGGACAUCGCAGAGAAUCGACAAGUGAUAGAGGAAGACAUUCUGGUGGCCCCUGAUGUUGAAGACAUAGAGAGGACUCUGAGCGUCAUUGAGAAGAUGGGUCCAGAGUAUUUUUUAAAGGAGCCCCGCUUACCAGGUGCGCUCACAUUACCAAGACAUUUUCACGAACCACCCAUUUUCUACCAUCGCAAAAGUCUGAGCUACAGUGAGUCUGACUUGACACGACUCGGCUCACAGUUACACCUUCUCACACAACCUUUAGGUCCCAUGUCACAGAGCAAUGUUGAAAUGUCUUUUUCCCCACCGGACCAGGCAAUCCAUAUUAAAGGUUGUAAUAGCAACAUGUCUGACUUUUCACACGGCUCAACAGGCUCACUCUGGCAAAUCAAGAAUUCAGAAAACCAAAAAGAUGGAUCCCGUCUGCUGCAGAAAGCCCAGCAGAGCACCAUCCAGCGUACUGGGUCUGUGGGAAACAAUGACUCUACCAAAAAAGGUAGCUUUUUAUCCAGGUGGAAGGAUGAGCAGAGGGACGGAGUAGUAAUGAAUGGGAAGAAGCCUGGAGAUAAGAGAGAAGAGGAGGUAUCAGAGGUGCCCUUCAUCACCCUGCAGUCGGAGCUGUCCCCGGAGGCCCGGAGGCUUCUAGUGGCUCAGGCCCUGGCAGUGGACUUUUGUCUUGAUGGUGGAGAAGAGCAUAAGAGCAGCAUCCUCGCUUGGCAGGCAGAAUUGAACCUGGGCGGGGGCUGGGAGAGGCUGUGCAUGGAGCGGGACCCCUUCAUCCUCACUGGGCUCAUGUGGGCCUGGCUGGAGCAGCUCAAAGAGCCGGUCAUCUCCAUCCAGGAGGCCAAAGCCCUGGACCCCAACAACACUGACGCUCAAACUGUCCUCAACACACUGGACAAGGCCUGUUUACAAACAUUAACUUGCAUACUAGAUUGUAUGGCUCAUAUGCAGCAGAUACCAGAAGAGGUUGAAAAUGCUUUCCUGAAUCGUACAAUCAAGGCUUUCACCUGGAUGAGAAAUAUCUCAGAAGAUGAUAGCAAAGUGUACGAGUCCAUGACUGCAGUCCUAAGAUGUGUCCUUGAGGACAUGAGGAGAAUCGCCAAAGAACAGGAAGAGAUGCAAGCAAUGAGUCCAACGUUUUCCUACAAUUAAACAUAUUUACUACCAGUCAU